CUACUCUAGAAACAUUGCCAUUAUUUUUUUAAUAAACCUAUGUAAUACUUACAUAAUACUAUUGCUAUGUUAUGUCUGAUGUCUAUGAUCUGAGUUAUAUUGCACGUAGAAUCUAUUUCAGUGGGUCUGUCGAGAUGAACGACCAAUCUUCUAUGGGUUCAGCUACCACUCCCCAAUCAAGGGCUGUCUCCGUUGAAGCCGAGAACAGAACUGGGUCAUUGUCCAGCGAUGAAGGAGUGCAACCCAUACCUCCAGAUGGUCAUCGAGCCCAGCCGUCGACGUCUGGGCAGGCAUCAGGUAAGGGUCCCAGUAAAACCCCUUCGUUCAAGAACAGACUGCUCCACAAAACGCCCAACACGUUGAGUGUGCAGCCUUACGGAAGCCUCGGACAAAGCCUGCCCAACCUGACGUUAGGUUCACCGAAUGUAGGCGUAUCCCCUGGCGGUGUCAGUUUCAGCCAGAAUACGCUGAGCGUACCUGGAAAAAAUAGUUCUCAGUUGCUCAGUCCUACGCACAGGGGUAUAUCAUACCCGCCCCCCUCUCCUACGCGGGGCAACUUGAGGCGCAGCCUGGCAAUAUCGACCAAUAAGAAUCCACCGUUGAUAAAAACGCGACAAGUGAAUUCAGCCAGUGCUAGCGUCAGUCAACAAAACCCCGCCAGUUUUGAUUUUGACGUACCAGUGAUAGCAGGUGUCUCCCAGGAUGAGGAGCAUUGUGAGUUCUUUAAUAGAGGACACCAUCGACAGGCCAUGAAGAGAACUAGUAGAUAUCACACGGCUGGGAUUGUGGAUGAUAUCAAGAAGCAGCAACAAGCUGAAUUGGCGAAAGACAGCAGCAUCCAUAAACGGCUAUCGUGGAACUUCCAGCAGCCGUCAACUCCACCGCUAUCCUCCAAUCAGGAGCAAACCUAGCAUUCGCCCCCUGAUCCCCCGUCAGAUCCGGGGGAACCGCCAUCUCCUAAUGAAAACAACAUUUACCCACCACCCAUCACAUCAUUCUACGUCAUUCUACUUUACGUCGCGAUUUGUGUCACGUUUGACUUAUAUGCGACCUUGAAGGGACUUUUUUCAUCAGCAUCUUCGUCAUCGUAAGAUACACCAUCAUCAUAUCAUCCGUUUUAGAGAAUAAGGAUAUCAGGCAGCAAAGGUAGGGUGUCGAUGCCAUUGUCGAAUUCACUUUGUGUUAAUUUAUUUCAUCAAACAUAAGUUCUUCAUCCGCUACACCGAAUUUGAGGUAUUGUUCUGAAAAAUGCUCUUGUUCACGAGGUAUAAGUAAUAAAAUAUAUUUGAACGGAUCAAAUUAGCAGGUUAAAAAUGAAUUUGAUAAAUACUAUAUUUUAAAGUAAAGGUAAUAGUUGAGAAUUUCAAGAUAGCGGCUGCGUGUCAUCUUACAUGUUUGUUAGUAGGAAGUGGGGAUCAUGUGAAACAUCAGUUUGAAGCUAAUUAUAACUACUUUAUAACUCUGGAAUAUAAAGUUUUUUUCUUCCAAAAUGACGAAGUUAGGAGCUUUUGUACGCUAAGGAUCUGAUGUAUCGCAUUUAAAAAAGUUUCCUUUUGGAAAGCUUUUUAGCUGUAUUCGCGAAAUUUCAGCGGUCACUUUCACACUAAAAUAAGGUACAUAUAGAUUCAUUAAUCCCGAAUUUCAACUUGCUAUUAAAAAAAUCACUGAAAGCAUCCAUACAUUGUUUGAAGUAACCCGUGAAGAUUGAAGUUGAGAUUACUAAUUUUGCAAAAGUUAUAAUUAUGUAGAAGUGAAAUGCCGUCUGUACAGUACAGUGAUCCCUAAAAUGGCUACGUCCGCAUGGAACAGUUUCUUCUGCACAUCUCUUUGAGAAAUUUUGAAUAAAAGUUUGAUACACUGUUAUACAAGACUAAAUAUAUACAGGGUGUCCCAGAAAUAACACGCCAGAGUUGCACGGGAGAUGGAUUGGCUUCAGAUCAAUCAGAUAAAUCAACAUGGCCUUAGUAAAAGUUUUCUAGUUUUCGAGAUAUUUUCACCUUUAGGUUUUUCAAAAAAUUACUUUUUGCCUGUUAUGGCUAUUAAGAACUUCUAACUCAUGAUUUUUUUCCUGGGCUACCAUUAAUAGUUGGUUGAGACAACCGAGUAUUCAUUUCAUUGAAAACUGGCACGGUAUGCUAAAAAAAAUUAAUACAUUUUUUUUUUAAUGUGAAAACUUUUACUAAAAUUUGACUAAUUACUGUGAAUAAAAUGUACCAGACUGAAUCGGCAAAUGAUCUUAAAAACUAGCCUAUUUAGUGCUCUUUUAAAAAUUGUAUCAUCUGUAGGUUCUUUCUACUAAAAAUUGAAUAAUCCCAAGUUUUGUCAUUCAUACUUAUGAAAUACUACAAAUAAAAAAUAAGUGCAGUCGUCUUUUGUAUCCAAAUCACUAAGUAAUGGACCUAGCGUGUUAUUUCUGGGACACCCUGUAUAUUCAGUAACGUAUCAAAGCAUAAGUUUUAUCUUGAGAAAUUCUACUACCUACAACCCAUACGUAUUGGUUGACAAGAGCCAAUUAUUAUUAUUCACUAAUAUCUGUUAUUUUGAAUAAUGUGGUCGUUUUAGAGUGGUCAUUCGCUAUUUCCAUUUAUUUGUCAAUCUUUUUUAACGUUGUCUUCCUUACAAAGACACUAUGUUGUGUGCCUAGUUGAAUUUUGCACUUAAACGCUUAUUGAAAAAACAAAAAUGUUAGUUCGCUUAUUCAUGAUCAUAUUCAAAUUGAAUUGCAAAUCAAAAACUGUGCGCAUAUGUGUCUUUCAUUUCUUUGUACCAGAACACAUAUGCGCGAACCUAUGCUUAGGCUGCGGUAACUAGUCCUGUAAUAUUGUACAGAUUAGUAACGAUAUCUCGUUCUAGUAUACUUGAGGAAAGAUUCCUUUUAUAUCAUAUGCAGGAAAUUUGAAGGUAUAUUCUAAAUUCAUUCUAGAUUCUAUGUUAAUUCCUCACUACAUUUCUUGUAUGCUGUUUAUUCCCUUUCAAGAUAUUUUUAAAGCCAUAACAAUCGAUAAUGUGCCAUUUUUUUAAAAGGUAUAUAACUGCCAUCGGGAACAGUGCAAGCAGUAUUAUAUACUUGAUAUUGUCUUUCAAAAGACUGACUGAACAUAUUUAUAGUCAGCGACAACGGAAAUGUUAAUGGUUAAUUUGAACUUACUAUACGUUACAAUAAUGAAACCUCGCUAGUAUUUUUUCUCGAUGAAAAGACCUUGCCUUAUUUAUAAAUUACGUGAAAUGUACAGGGUACUAUCAAAAUUCGAAGUUUUUAUAACAACAAAUAUCUUCAGAUUUUCUGUACCUAACAACUUAUUAGUGCAUUAGUCGUGUUGAAAAUAUGAUAGUUGUUUUUUUGGAUCGUAAAAAAAUGUGUUCUGAAAAUAUGAUAUAUACCUGGUGGCCUACCAAAUGUUGAAGAGUUUAUUUUUAUGUUCAAAAUGGGAUACCAUCAGACAGCAGACUGCUAGAAUUUUUUUAUUACUAUGGUGGUUUAUGCAGGGUGUUACAAGAAAAAACACCGAGACAUGUCAGAAGGUUUGUCAAGGGGGAGAACUUUUUAACCAAAAACUACUUCACCUCCUUUCACCCUCACCUUCGCAGGGUCAUCCUCUUAAAAAUUGUAAAUGACGAAUGACGAGUAAUAGCUUGUUUGAAAGGCCUUUCAAAGUCCUUUAUUUUGACGUCUGAUUUUUUUAAAUCGGUCGUUUCGUUUUCAAGAAAAUUAGAAAAAUCUAUGGCGAUGUUCAAAUUUCUGACGGACAUUUCAAAAAACAUGUGGGAUAUCACGGCAGCUUUCUAUGAUGCGUUGAGGAAGUUCAUCCAAACUUUCAGGUUGGCGAGUAAACACAAUAGAUUUCAAAUGGCCCCCUAAGAAAAAAGUCUAAUGGCGUCAAAUCACGAGAUCUAGCAGGCCUUCGAACCGGAAGAAUAACUUUGCGUAAUGAAGUAUUAGGAUUUAUUCCAAAAUGACUGAAAACUCCAACUUCAUCCAAAACUCUCCGAUGAUCACGUUUUUUAUUUGCCACAAAUCCAGUUUGAGUAAAUUUAAUAUCAAGGUCCAAAACAUAAUAUGCGAAGUUAUCUUCUCCGGAUUCUGGCGUGAGUUUGCCGAGCAUAUAAAUUAGAAUCAUUUGGCUAGUAUGACAACCAUUUUGGAAGUAAAAUCUGAAACAAUGAAGUAUUAAAUUCUUUCUUUGCCUUAGCAACAAAUAACUGAACAGGUAUAACAAUAAAUACAGUUCGCCCAGAUAUGUGUUGAUGAAAUUCGGAAAAAAUUCGGGUUGUUAUUUGGUUGUUGCCACAUCUAAUCUUCCGAAUUGCUGUUUAUGUUGGUAGUUUCCUUUACAAAUUAUAAACGAAAUGAGGAUUUGACAAACAAUAAUAUUUCAAACACUUAUUGAAAUGAAAAGUGAUAUUUUCGUGUGUUCUGGUUUUCUAUUUGUACAAAUUAGGAUAAAUGAAGAUUUUUCUAAUUUUCUCAAAAACGAAUCGACUGAUUUUAAAAAAUCAAACGUCAAAACAAAGUACUGCGAAAGACCUUUCAAACAAGCUAUUACUCGAUAUUCUGGGGGUCCGAGGGUGAAGUAGUUUUUGGUUAAAAAGUUUCAAAUAUGAACUAUAUAGCUACAAAACCGGCAUGAACACUGUGUAGUCAUUUCAGAAAAAAACUGGUAAGGCGGUAUGAAGCAUAUGGCUAUCAAAAAUGUAUGGCUAACAAUGUAUAUUCAAAUAACGUUUCAAAUUAAGAAGAUCGCCUUUCAUUACACCAUGUUUAGCCAUCAUUAUUGAAGCGGUCUGUAUCGUCCAUGUUUAUUUUCAAAACGACUAGUACUACUGGGCUCAGUUUUGUGACUCAUCGUAUACUUAAAAAAGUCAUGUAACUUUUAUCGUUGACCAAAACUACACAAUAAUAGAGUAAUUCACAGUUCUUAGCUAGCUUACAUUCCGUGAGCAUCACAAAAUUGAGCCGCUACUACCUUUAAUGAGAAUUUUUGUCAGGCCUAAAAUCAAACUUUUUCUAAAGUACUCGAUGAAGUAUAUAGUUAAUUCAGAGUUAGUUGCUUUUGUAAGAAUAAUCUAGUACAACAACGAUUUGACAAGACUUUGUGGGAAUUUCAUCUGUAGGUGUUUUUGCCAAUUUUCCACAUGGGGUCGUCUGAAACGUUGAUUUGGUGUGUUGGUCCAGUAACUGCUCGGAUUAAUGGCAGAAGAAAAUAGAACACAAAAUAUACUUUGCAAAUGUUUUUCCGGAAAACCCUCGGUAAAACAUAGGUUUUGUUGCUAGUUUCAUGGUGAGUCAUAGCGAAUGGAGAUUUUCUUUUUUGUCUCAAAUGAAGAUCAGUAAAGCCUGAUCAUCAUUCGUUCAACGUACUCUGACCACUCUUCAGCCUUUUUCAUUUCUUUUCGACUGAUUUUUUAUCUAUAUGUAUUUGAAAGCGGCCGACAAACGUCAGAAUCUGUCUUGAUGGUACCAGAAUUCAAGGUCCACAUACCACAAUGUGAUACUUCCCAAUAAUGGUCAGUAUUUGAAGUUUGUCCAAUGUGCCGUUAGACGUGUAGUGUACUCUCUAAAUACCUGCUCAUUUAGCGUCACUUAUAUACUGAUUUGUUGCGCGUGAGUUAUACCUAGUUUCCCUUCACAUAAAAAUGUUUAAGUUCAAGUAUGUUAACGGUCAUUUUCGGAUAAACAUUUGCUUGUUCAUCGUUCCUUUUUAUUUUACAAGCCAUUGAAUUGAGCUAUUUGUUGUUGUUGUUACUGGCUAGUAUCAAGAUUUAGCUGACAAGUUAUAAAUCAAACGAGCUGUUCGUCUCUAUAACGAAUCAGUACAAUGAAUUUUAUAUUUUGGUAAGACGUGUAAAAUAUUUAUUUUCGUUUUCCUUUUAAGAAUACUUAUUUAUUUUUAAAUAGUUUUGAAACAGAAAUAUUAUUUGUUACAUGUAUUAAGG